AUGGCUAAAUUGCCCAAUGUGGAUGAUAUGUUUUUAACCUUAGAGGCCCUAGAAGAAGCUGCUCAGGCUGCUGCUAAAGCUCAGGGCUUUGCUUUUUCAAGACAAAAUAGCAAUUUGAAAGAAAAUCAUAAUAGAUCACCUUAUAUUGUUUUGCAAUGUACAAAAACAACUGUUAUCAAAAAAGAUUUGUCAAUUGUUUGGAUUAUUACAAAAACUGAAUAUGUUCAUAAUCAUUUAUUACUUCAGCUAGAUGAAACAGUAAGCCUUCCUCAACAUAGAAACUUGAGCAUUGAUCAGAAAAAACUCUUGUAUGAGCUACAUAAUAUCAGUACACCUACACGAAUUAUUACUACUGCUAUUAACCAGCUUAGUAGUGGUGGUAUUAUUAUGCCAAAAGAUGUAGUAAAUAAGCAUGCACGAAUUAGAUAUGCACUUAAUGAAGGCCCUAAUGCAGAUUCUGCUCAAAAGCUUUUACGUCUUUUAAAGCAACGUGAUUAUAUGAUAGAAGUUUUAAAAACACCAGAUGGUCAUUUAACACACCUAUUUUUUUCUUAUGUCGAAGCAAUAAUGCAUGUUGCAAAAUGUCCAGAAGUUUUAAUUGUUGAUUCAACCUAUAAGACGAAUAUAUAUAAGUUUUCACUUGUAAGUGCAGUAUAUGAAGCAUAUGGUUGUAUUCCAAAUGUGUUUAUGUCAGAUAGAGACCAGGCACUUCGAAAUGCUUCUAACAAAGUUUUUCUGGAAGCAAACAAAAUGCUAUGUAUUUGGCAUUUAAUUGAACAAAACCUUAAAACCAACUGCUAUAAACUUUUUGAUAACAAUGAUGACUAUUUAGAAUUUAGAACACAAGUCAGAGCUUUACAUUUAACUUUUGACAAAAAACAUAUAAAUGCUGCAAUGAAUUCUAUUAAAAUUGCUGCAAAAAAGGCGCGAGAUCCACAAAAGCCUUUAAUAUAUAUUGGAAGUUUGAUGAAAGAUUCAGAAUUAUGGCGUGCAAUAGAGACAGCUAGUGGCUUAGAAACAGUUUUUGAAGCAAUUGAUCAAAGAAUGAGAGUACAACAUCUUAAAACUUUUAUGCAUACAGGCAAUAAUAAAAUUGCAUAUGAUCCAUUUAUUAUGCGUAAUCCUCGGUUUAGUAUAAUUCUUGGUAAUAUAUCCACAUAUGCAAUUGAUAAAAUAAAGAGACAAUUAGUUGAAAGCGAAGAAAAAUUAUAUGAUAAUAAGCAAACUUGUCAAUGUUUAAUUAAUAUUAACUAUAAGUUUCCAUAUUAUCAUAUUAUUCCUAAAAAUGAUCCAAUUCCUCUUAGUAUAAUUGACAAGCGUUGGCAUCUUCAUAGACCUGAGAUUAAGGAGUCACCAGUUACUGAUCCAGAAUUUUACAAAGCUUUUUUUAAAGCUGAAGAUCUGUUUUAUCAACUUCCAGAAAAUUCUUCCGUAAGAGCAGAGUUUAUAUUAAAUAUUUAUAAAGUGGUUACAAUGCCACUAUCUGAACCUGUAAAAGUUCCAAAGAUAACAGUUCCAAAAGGUCGUCCUUUAGGAACAAAACAUGAAAAACUUAUGAGUGAAAAACAAGAAUUAGAGAAGAAAAAAAAACAAAAGUUACUGAAUAAACUUCAAUUAAAACAAAAAGAGAACAAUAUUUUAAAUUCUUCUCUUGAUACUUGUGAUAUAUUUAAAGAAAAUGUACCAAAAUUUAUGCAAGAGCACAUAUUAAGCUACAUAAACGUUCAUGGUGAUGGAAACUGUGGCUUUCGUGCCAUUGCUACAUCACUUGAAAUACCCGAAGAUGAAUGGCCAGUUAUAAGACAAAGUAUUUUUAAUGAGCUAACUAAUCGAAAAUCUCAUUAUAUUCAACUAUUUCUUGAGGGUGAAACUGAAUAUAAUAAUGUUAUCUCAAUCGUUCAAUGGGAGAAAGGUCUUUGCAGUAUUGAUUAUUGGAUGAUAAUGCCAUCAUUUGGAUACCCCAUAGCAAAUGCUUUCCAACGGCCAGUUCAUUAUUUUAGCAGGCAUCAAUGUCUAACAUUUUUGCCUGACAAUAUUCCAUUAAAUAGAAAUCAGUCUAUUUUAAACCCAAAUGCACCUGUUCCAGUCAUUGUUCGAGGAUGGCAAAAUAUAUGUUCAAAUGAAAGCAAGAUUUGGGAGCGAUUAUUUGAAAAUAAGAUUGCACGCUUUCAGGAAGCUAUCAAGAAAGAACAUAACGUUCAAACAAUUGAAACAGUUGAUUUAUCUUAA